CGAAAGUAUCUUCUACGUUUCAUUGAUAUCCAAGCUUUAGAUCUCGAAGCCUUUCGUUCUUCCCAAUCCGAUUAAGACCCAAAAGAAGGGAAAAAAUGUUGGCAGGUCCUUGUAAGUCAUUUUGCUUUUCUGACGAGGAACUCAAAGGCUGCUAUCUUCGGUUUCCAUCCAGUGCUACCAUGCCUCAGUGUCCACGUCCAUCUAUCAAGUUCGCAUUCCUUCCUCCAGGGAUCACCAUCACCCGCGAGGAGUUUGAUGUUCUCAAGCUCACAGCGCAGUUUGUGACUGUUUAUGGGAUGAACUUUGGAGAGGCAUUGACGAAAAGAGUGUGUGAGAGUGAGAACCCUCUGUUUGAGUUUGUGAAGCCAAGUGACAGCAGGCACCCUUUUUACAUGCAGCUUGUUGUGGCGUAUUCAAGUGUGUUGAAGCCUUCCAAUAAGCUGAUGCCUUACCAACAGCUGAUCAAGAAUGUUGAUGGUACGCUGGAAGUUGUUGAUGGUUUCUUCCAGCUUCUUGAUCACGUGCUUGAAAAGAAAGAGGACGAGGUGGAGAUGUCUAUGACUGAUUUGCAUGCUUUUGAGUAUUUUGCUAACGUGGAGCAGACUGUGUUUGCACCACCAUCACCUUUUUUUCUUUCAAUGCUCAUGAACCCGAAGCUUACUCAGAAUGACGACGAUGAUGCUCAACCUGACACUCCAGCUACUGAUGAUGCACCAAAAUGCCGCUAUCCAUUCAGUGAGUCGCCUAAGCCUAUUCCCAUCGAGUUCGCACUCCUUCCUCGAGGGAUCACCAUCACCCGCAAGGAGUUUGAUAUUUUCAAGCUCACAGCGCAGUUUGUGGUUGUUUAUGGGUUUGAUUUUGGAAAGGCAUUGACGAAGAGAGUGUGUGAGAACCCUCUGUUUGAGUUUUUGGAGCCAACUGACAGCAGGUUCGGUUUUUACCUGCAGCUUGUUUACGCGUAUACAUUUGUGUUGACGCCUUCCAAAAAGCUGAUGCCUUACCAAAAGCUGAUCACGAAUUUUGAUGAUGCUACGGAGGAGGUUGUUGAUGGUUUCUUCAAGCUUCUUGAUCAAGUGCCUGAAAAGGACAUGGACGGAGUAGAGAUGGCUAUGACUGAUUUGCAUGCUUUUGAGUUCUUUGCUAACGUGGAGCAGACCGUGUUGCCACCACCACCAGCUGAACUCGUUUCAAAGGUGAUGGAACGGGAAUUACUACAACAACGGGAUCAGACUCGGGGGAUUAUGCCAGCACUUGUUCCAGAAGACCAGUUCAUUGCUCAGCAUCCGGGUUCCGCUAGGAUCUUCGUUUCUGUUCUGAGCAUCGACAAUGGGAUAAUCAUUGAGAUCACAGUGCAGUCGUUAUUGGCAAACGUGGCAAGUGUGAAGGAGAAAAUAGCUGCGGAGAUCCAAAUUCCAGUGGACAAACAGGAGUUGAGUGGGAAAGCCGGGUUGUUAGAGGACAGCAAGUCACUUGCACACUACAACGUGAGAGCUGGACAUGUCCUAAAACUGUCUCUCUGAGAAUGGAUGCUGCAGGGAUUUAUACUUUUCCAAUCUCUCAAACUCUUCUUUUAAUACUCUAAUGUGCCGCCAAAAACUCUCUCUAUAGUGACUUUUUUUUUAAGUUUAAUGUUUUUGGAUUUACUGCUA